AUAAAAUUUUUAAAAAAAUGGCGUUGAACGUGUUCGGCAAACCCAUUGGGAACGAAACAUUAAAGGCGAUGCCCAAAUAUCAAUAUAACGAGGUCAUAACGGCAGUAGACAGAGCUUAUGAAGCUCUGAUAAUGAAAAAUGCGGACAACAAGGAUGUGAACGCUCGGAAAUUCGUUGAGAGCUUGAAAAAAAAGUAUGGUGCUUCAUUAGUCGCCACACUUUACUUCAUUUACAACGCAGCUGGAAACAGAUUAACAUUUGUUGUGUCCCAUGAUUGGGAAGGGCAUAUUGGGGAUUGUCCAUACCCGUUGCUGCUCGAAAAUGGUCAAUGGGGUGCAUUUCUUCACGUCCAGACGUCUCCAUAUCGUGGAUUCGUUGCAGCCACCAUAUAUCGCGGUCAGGAUGAGAGUGGGGAUGCUUUUGACUGGAUGUUGUCUUGGCAGAAUGUAUGGAACGACAACAACGGCGUUCCGGAUGUCUUGUUUGUGGCACAAAGACAUGUGAUGUGUUCAAAAGGUGUAUUUAACUUGGAGAAAUAUCAGCUAGCCUAUAUGAGUAGCUCGAGAACCAUAAGAUUGGAGGAAAAGAGGCCUUAUUUCUAA